ACCACGGCUGCACCGUCGCUGUGGAGACCUCUUCGUUGCUCCGGCGAGGCUCGGAUGGGUCGCCGCCGCCGCCGCUCGGCCGGCCUGAAGCGGCUCCACAACGGGGCACCUCGCCAAGAAACCCCGCCUCCGCUGGAGCUCCCGGCUGAGCCGGCUACCUACGCCGAUGCCCACGAUGGCCGCGCGGUGGUGCUGCUCCCUGCGAAGGAAACUCUGACCUUUGCUGGGAAGUGUCGCCUGACGUGCCUGUAUGGAUCCGUGCGGGUUUUGGGGUUCACCAUCGCUCCGGACCAGCCCCCUUACGACCUCUAUUCCCCCCACACCUACUGCGCCCUCACCAUCGAAGCCACCAACGGCCUCAGGGACCCGGAAAAAUCAGAGAAGGAGAUGAAAGUGGAGGCCAGAGCCGUCCUGCGAGCUCACUUUGUGCCCCAGGAGGCCAGAGGCCAGCUGCUCAAAAACUUUGGGCCAGGCUGCUCCCUCCUCUUGCUGGAACAGCUGGACACGCCGGAGGCCAAGUUCAUUCUCAGCCAGCCGGAAUUCGCCAAGAUCUUCAGACCGAAAAAGCAACGUAUUCCCCCUUUCAUUCCAGAGGAUACCGUGCUGGCAUCGGCCGGCCUGGUGCGGCUGGAGCCCAGCAGCGGCCUGCGGAUAUCCGAAAGCAUGGAUUCGGCCAUCGGGGAGCUGGUCCGGGCUUGCCAGGUGGAAGACGAAGGCUGCCCGGUUAUCUUAGUUUGCGGCCCGAAAAGCACCGGAAAGUCCACGUUUAACAGAUACCUGAUGAAUCUUUUACUAAACCACCUUCCCUGCCUCGAAUACCUGGAAUGCGAUUUGGGGCAGCCAGAGUUCAACCCACCAGGGUGCAUUUCCCUGGUCAAUGUGCGGGAGCCCCUUUUGGGCCCGCCAUUCGCCCAACAGCGGCCCCCUCGCAAAAUGGCCUUCUAUGGGGACAUCUCCUGCGAGCGCGACACGGAGCGCUACCUCGACACGCUGAAAUAUGUCUUUGGGGGCUACGCGAGAGACGUCCCUCUGCUGAUCAACACCAUGGGGUGGAUGAAAGGGGCCGGCCUGCUGCUGCUGAUCGACGUCAUCCGCUCGCUGUCGCCCACCCACGUCGUCCAGCUGAGUGCCAAGGACUUAGAAGAGCUGCCUCUGCUUUCGGCCGACUACAUCCACACCGCCGCCGGCCUGCACACCCGGGGGAAGCCCUCCCUCAAAAGGAAACACCCCGGCGGAAGCUGGCAAGGCACCCAUGCUCCACAGCCUAGCCAUCAGUUGCUGUGUGUCCAGGCAAACUUUCCGGGCGCCGGACUCCCCGGCAUUGGGCGAACGCACAGCAGUACCCUGAGGAACCUGACUAUGGUGGGCUACCUGAGCCAACUACAGCCCCCCGGCCUGGAACCGGUGGUCCCCCUGGCCAGCCUGGUGCCCUAUCAGGUGCCCUUCAACGCCGUUGCCCUCAAGGUGAUCCACGUGGACGUGGCCCCCACCUACGUCUUGUGCUCCCUCAACGCCAGUUGGGUCGGCCUGUGCCACUUGCCGGAUCGGCUCCCGUGUAAUUCAGAGGGGCCAGUGGUGGUUUUGUCUCAGACGCCCCUCUGCGACUGCCUGGGCUUCGGGAUUGUCCGAGGGGUGGACAUGACCAAGAAGCUUUACUACAUCCUGACGCCGUUGGCUCCGGAGAGCUUACGCCACGUGAACUGUUUGCUGAUCGGCGACGUCGCCGUCCCCAACUGCAUCUUUCUGAACCAAGCCAAGACCGAUGGGGAGACCCCAUACGUCACCUCGGAUUACAACUACACCGUUUCUGGUGCUGGGAAAUUAAAAGUUAAGAGGUAUCUGCAGAGGAGAGAGCAUCGUUGCCCAUGAAUUCUUCCUCUGGAAGGAUUGGUCUCCGGGAAUCCUUUCAGCCGGCGUGGUGCCUCCCCUUGGCGAAAUGCGCGUCCCUCCCUUCUCCGAUGACCUUUUCUUCCUUUUUUUUUUCUUUUCAUCGCGAUGUUCAAAUUAAAACACAUUUUGCACAAACCUGGUGGGUAUCUGACUGUCCACGUCG